UAUUCCUUCUCUCAUUCUUCUUUCUUUAUUUUCUCUUUUCUUUCCAAAAUGAACAAUCCAAUGCUAAAACCCCCAACAACACCUUACCAUCAUCCCCAACAUCUCAUCCCCCAAAUCAAAACCUGCAAAAACCUCAAACAAUUGAAGCAACUUCACGCCAUUUUCAUCAAAACAAACAAAACAAAUGACCCAACAGUAUCAACAGAGCUUCUCAAACUCUCAGCAACCUCAGAUUUUCGUGACCCAGUUUAUGCACUCUCUCUGUUCGACCAAAUGUCCCAACCAAAUGUAUUUGCUUGGAAUACUGUCAUAAGGGCACUUGCUGAUAGCAGUAGUAAUGCUGAUGAUGCAUUGUUGAUGUUUUGUAGAAUGUUGUCUGAUGGAGCUGUGGAGCCUAAUGGAUUCACUUUUCCUUCUGUUUUGAAGGCUUGUUGGGCUGUUGCUGGGUUGGGAGAAGGGAAACAGGUUCAUGGGUUGGUUGUUAAGUUGGGGUUUGUUGAGGAUGAGUUUGUUGUUAGUAAUUUGCUUAGGAUGUAUGUCAUGUGCGGGAGUAGUGAGGAUGCUAGUGUUUUGUUUCAUAGGAAUGUUGAUGGAAAUGGAAUGGUAGUGAGAGGAAAAAGGAGGCAAGAGGGUAAUGUUGUUCUGUGUAAUGUUAUGAUUGAUGGGUAUGUGAAAAUUGGGAAAAUUGAUGCUGCUAGGGAGUUGUUUGACAAAAUGGUUGAAAGAAGUGUGGUUUCUUGGAAUGCGAUGAUUUCUGGGUAUGCUCAAAAUGGGUUGUUUAUGGAGGCGGUUGAUUUGUUUCAUAGGAUGAUGGAGAUAGGAGAUGUGUUGCCAAAUCGGGUGACUUUGGUUAGUGUGUUGCCUGCAAUUUCGCGGCUUGGAGCACUUGAGUUGGGGAAAUGGGUGCAUUCGUAUGCUGAGAGGAAUGGUGUUCGGAUUGAUGAGGUUCUUGGUUCUGCUCUUGUUGAUAUGUAUGCUAAAUGUGGGAGUAUUGAGAAGGCUAUUCAGGUCUUUGAGAGGUUGUCGAAAACUAAUGUAAUAGCUUGGAAUGCUAUUAUUGGUGGUCUUGCAAUGCAUGGUAAGGCCAACGAUGUGUUGGAUUGUUUUUCGAGGAUGAAGAGAAGUGGAGUAUCACCUAGUGAUGUUACUUACAUAGCAAUCUUGAGUGCUUGUAGCCAUGCUGGUUUAGUCGAAAAGGGGAGAUCGAUUUUCAAUGACAUGGUUAAUAGAGUUGGAUUAGAGCCUAGAAUAGAACACUACGGAUGCAUGGUUGACCUCCUCGGACGUGCUGGUUAUCUAGAAGAAGCCGAGGAGCUUAUAACGAAUAUGCCAAUAAGACCCGAUGAUGUCAUAUGGAAGGCCUUGCUUGGUGCUUGUAAGAUGCAUAAAAACGUCAAAAUUGGUAGACGUGCGGCCGAGGUUUUAAUGAAACUUGCUCCUCAUGAUAGCGGGGCAUACGUAGCUCUCUCGAACUUGUACGCCUCAUCAGGAAAUUGGGAUGGGGUGGCAGAGGUGAGGUUGAUGAUGAAGGAGUUGGAUAUCAGAAAAGACCCUGGAUGUAGUUGGAUUGAAAUCGAUGGUGUUAUACACGAGUUUCUUGUUGAGGAUGAUUCUCAUCCUAGAGCCAAAGAAAUACACUCAAUGUUGAAGGAAAUUUCAAACAAGUUGAGCUUGGUAGGUCAUGUGCAAGAUACUACACAAGUGUUGCUUAAGAUGGAUGAGAAACAUAAAGAGAGUUUGUUGCACUACCACAGUGAGAAGAUUGCAGUUGCAUUUGGGUUAAUUAGUACAUCACCAAAGACAACACUUCAGAUUGUCAAAAACUUGAGAAUCUGUGAAGACUGUCAUUCAUCAAUGAAAUUAAUCUCGAAAGUUUAUGAGCGUAGGAUAAUAAUUAGAGAUAGGAAACGCUUUCACCAUUUUGAUAAUGGUUUAUGUUCUUGUAUGGACUAUUGGUAGCUUAGCACUCUGUCAAUGAAUGUAGAGCCUGUGUAUUUAUUCAUUUGUACAGGUAAAACAUUUGAGAUAAGUGAUCAAUAAAGUGUUCUUUCCGGUUCAUAAAGUAUAUGAAUAAGUGAUCAAUAGCAUGGAACCAUUACAUGCAAAUCCAUCACCAAUGUGUCGAUGUCAAAGUGUUUGAAAAAACUGUAGAAUUAACAAAUUUCAAGAAUGCUUGGGACAUUGUUGGGAAAAGCUAUAGAGGUGAUGUUAAGGUAAAAAAAGUGAAGCUUUAGACUUUGAGGAAACAGUGAGAGAUGAUGUAGAUGAGAUUGGUGAGAAGUUAGAUGACUACUUCACAAGGUUUGUGACUAACCAAUCAAAUGAAGAACAAUGGAGAUUCCAUGACAUAUUAUGUGGUAAUUGAGGUGUUGAGAACACUAACCAUAAAAUUUUAUCAUAUCAAAAUAAUCGGGUGAAAUCAAGAUUGAAGAUAUGCGGAGCACACAUGAAACCUAUUGAAAGAAACAAUGGUAAAGAAGAAGAUUAAAUUUUUCUUCCUCAAUUCAAGAAGAGAGAAGUUAGUAAGAAGAAGUGGAAAAAAAUAAGGAACAAAACCAUUGAAAAGGAAAGUCCAAACAUGAAGAGAAAGCUUAUUCCUCUGAUAGAAAAGGAUGAGGGAAUGAUAAAAAUCAUUACAAAAAUAACCUUUUGACAAGAAUAAGGUUCAAUGUUACAAUUAUGAAAAUUUUAUUCACUGUGUUGAUGAAUGUUAGCGUAGAAAGGGAAAGAAGUCUUAAAAGGUUAAGAAGAAGUAAAAGGGGCAUAAAAGACUCUAGUUCUAACUCUGAACUAUUGAUUCUGAUGGUGACAACAACUGAAUAUGCAAUGGAUUCUAUGACUUGGUAUCUUGACACAAGAUGCUCAAUAAGUGUGGAAACAAUAAGUCAUUCAUUGAAUUUGAUCAUAAAAAAAGUGUGGAACUAUGUGUUGGCAUUUUACUCAAAAAAUGAUUAAAGUUAAGCAAGACAUGCAUAAAUCUGUCAAAAUCAUGGUUUUGAUGAUGACAAAUCAUGAAGAUGUAACAUGACCUUGAUGACAACUCAUGAAGAUGUAACUUGAAUUUGAUGAAAACAAAUCAUAAAGACAAGCAAAUUCUAAAACUGUUUUAAGCGGUCAAAGAUGCACAAGAUAGUUUGAUCAAGCACUUUCUCCAAAUAAAGUCGAAGAGUUAGGAUUCAAUGACCACCGUGAUAUCCCCUGAUGAUGACGCUCGACUUGAAGAUAUCUCAAACCUCAUCUUCAAAAAAAUUCAAGUGAAAUGCUUAUGUGAUUGGUGUAUUCAACAAAACACUUGAAGUUUUUGACUGUCGAAGAAAGAGUGUUAAAGCUCGUCUGAUCGUGUUUGAGUAAUUAGUGUUUUGUAAAAA